AUGCUAAUCGCAAAGGGGGAAUUUGCAAGCUAUGUUCAAGGUCCGGCGCAAGAGCAUAACCGCCCGACUGAACAAAUCAAGCGAAACCAGAGGCCGAACCAACACAACUCUCAGCCCGUCCGGAUUAUAAACGUAAUUCAUGGCUGGCCUGAACAAACGACAGAGUCAGAAGAGUUGCUCAGAACGAGGUUACGCCAGGCCCAGCUAAAAAGAAGAAUUGGUAGUGUGUAUACUUUGCACCAGCAGAACGAGUCCACGUCGAUAAAGUUUGAUAAAAUGGACCUGCUACGCGUUCAGAUCCCUCAUGAAGAUCCACUAAUCGUUAGUCUGACGGUUGCAGAAUGCCUGGUUCGGAGAGUCCUGAUUGAUCCAGGAAGUAGUGCGAACGUCAUGCCCAUGGUGACGUUCGACCGACUGGAGAUCGAACCCAAAAAACUCAAACCCACAGGAAAUCCGUUGCUCGGAUUUGAUGGGAAGUGA